GGGUGGUUCCUCUAGAGUUCCUCCGUCGGACUGCAGCCAAAGUCCUCGCGCUGACACUUCCGCGAACAUGGCGGCAAGUGCGCGGAGAGCAGCUUUAAUCGCGAUUUGGGGCGGCCGUCUGCGUCGUGGCCUAGCCGAAGGUCGGCAGGCGCUUCUGCGGCCUGGUCCUCUGACUGCGGCUGUGACGGGGGCAGCGGUGGUAGGAGUAGGAGCGCUUUGGUACAGGGGACGCUUAGACCUCCCAGCAGGCGAUUGCCUGACAGUCUUUGCGAAGAAAAAUGAUGAUGAAGAGGCAGAAAAAUUGUCCAUUCGAAAGCAGCGUUUCAUGCAGUUUUCUUCACUGGAAUAUGAAGGAGAACAUUAUAUGACACCCAGAGAUUUCUUAUAUUCAGUAAUGUUUGAUCAUAUAGAGCGUAAAGCUUCAAUUAGGCAACUAACAAAAAAGGAUAUAAAUGAUACGUUGGAUGAAGUAACAAAGAAUAAAAAUGGACCAACUUUUUUUAGAGAUCUUGGUGAUAAAGGAGUGAUUUCAUAUACUGAAUAUUUAUUUUUGCUGACAGUUCUCACUAAACCCCAUACUGGGUUUCAUGUUGCUUUUAAGAUGCUUGAUAUAGAUGGAGAUGAGACUGUUGACAAAAAGGAAUUCUUUAAGCUUCAGAAGAUUAUUAGUAAACAGGAUGAUCUGAGGGGAACUACAAGUGCUGAAACAAUGUUCCAGGAGUCAAAAGAAGAAGAUUCUGGAAUUAAUACCACGCUUCAGGUACACUUCUUUGGAAAAGGAGGAAAAAAGAAGCUUCAUUAUAAAGAAUUUCGAAGAUUUAUGGAAAAUCUGCAAACAGAGGUACAAGAAAUGGAAUUCCUCCAGUUUUCAAAAGGUUUGAAUUAUAUGAGAAAAGAAGACUUUGUAGAGUGGUUACUCUUUUUCACAGACACGGAAGACAAAGAUGUUUACUGGAAAAAUGUGAAAGAGAGGUUGUCAGCAGGAGAGAAUAUUAGUUUGGAGGAAUUCAAGUCAUUUUGCAAGUUUGCAAACCACUUGGAAGACUUUUCAAUCACAAUGGAAAUGUUUCAUUUAGCUCAUCGCCCUGUUAAACUAGCGGAGUUUAAGAGAGCUGUGAAAGUGGCAACAGGCCAGGAACUCUCAGACAAUAUUUUGGACACUGUCUUCAAGAUCUUUGAUUUAGAUGGUGAUGAUUGCCUUAGCCACGGAGAGUUUCUUGGGGUUUUAAAAAACAGGAAGCAUCGAGGCUUAUUGGAACCUCAGCAGCCAGGCGUGCAAGAAUACUGGAAAUGUGUGAAGAGAGAAAGCUUCAAAGCCCUAAAAGAAGUCUGGAAACAAACUGGAAAAAACUAUUCUUAAAAACAAAAGAACAAAGAUAGUGGGAAUUCUAGUGUUUCAGAUAGCCUUAUGUUUUAUUUUUUAAGUGCCUGAUGUUUAUAUUCUUAACUUCUAUUCAUUAAUGUAUUUGUAAGAGACUUGCUUUCAAAUUAUAUACUUUUAGAAAACUAAAUUUUUUCUUUUGCUAGGAAAUGAUGAAAGUUUACAAAAAUGGAUUUUAGACAUGUUAAAUUGUCAUCUAAGAUUGAAAUGAUGUUUUCCAUUCUCAAAUAGGAUUAAGGAUAUGAUAUUAGUAGUGGUCUCUAAUUUUGUUGGUAACAAUAGUAUAAUUGCUUUAUUGAAAGCAAGAGAAGUACCUAUGGACAUAAUUAUAUGUUUACUAUCACACUCCAAAAAUAUACAAUCCAGAAUUAAAAGACUGAGUCAUAAAUUCAGUAUAAGUUAUUUCAUCUCUAUCUUGGGAAUUUCCUGUAUUUUCUGUUUCUGUUGUGGGUCUAAAUGUAAGUUAUCUGAAUACAUUGAAUAAAAGUACCAGUUAUUGAAUUGGAAUCAUAAUAAAGCAUUUAUCAACAAUUGUGAA